GCAGAAACGCCAAGGAUUCGAAAUCGAUGACCGAGUGACUCAACGGUGCCUCCCAUCAGAUUUGAUUCUUUACAAUGGCAGAUAAACAAAAUGCUCAGAAAAGUGUCAAGAUAGCAGCUGGAGCUGUAGUUUGUGUUGAAAGCGAAAUCCGAGGAGACGUUACCAUAGGCCCCAGGACGGUGGUUCACCCAAAGGCUCGCAUCAUUGCUGAAGCAGGGCCCAUUGUUAUUGGAGAAGGCAACUUGAUUGAGGAGCAAGCGCUGAUCAUUAACAGUUACCCAGAAAAUAUCACACCUGAAUCUGAGGUGGAACCAAAGGCAAUGACCAUCGGUAUCAACAACGUAUUUGAAGUUGGCUGUGUAUCACAAGCUUUAAAAAUUGGAGACAACAAUGUCAUUGAAUCUAAAGCUGAUGUUGGUAGAAAUGUAAUCCUCACCAGUGGCUGUAUAAUUGGAGCCUUCUGUCAGGUCAACACCUGUGAGGUCAUACCUGAGAACACUGUAAUCUAUGGAUCUGGAUGUAUGAGGCGGGUGCAAACGGAGAGACCCCAGCCACAGACUCUUCAGCUCGACUUUCUGAUGAAGAUCUUGCCAAACUACCACCAUUUGAAGAAAACCGUUAAAGCAAACCAAACCGCUAGCUAAAAUGCAACUUUUUUUUGGUUUGUGUAAUUAAAUGCUCAGCACAUCCAUGUUUAAAUAGAUCCUGCUGGAAGAAAGCAUGAAUGUAUAUAGUUAUGUACCUAGCCUCUCAGUAAUUGUUCCACACUUACUGAUAUUUUCUACUCUAACCUACAACUGCAGAUUAAGCGUCUCAUCUUUCUCUUGCUGCGUUGAUGUACCAUUUUCUACAGUUAAUUAAAUAACUUAACGUGCUCAA